AUGGCAGUACCUAAAUUACCACUGAUUGUUCCCAAAAAGGCCUCAUCCAUUCUAGUUCCGAAAGUGGCACCAAAAUUAGCUCCUGUUCUUUUGCCAAAAAAUCCGCCUUUGGCAAAAUCUUUGCAUUCCGGAUCUAGUUCGUCCGCUACGAGGCCUGUGGAUGACAAUUCUGGCCAAAAAGUUCAAGACAAAUUAACAAAACUAGUCAGUCACGGCAGUUUAAGUGUAAGUAAGCUCAGUUCCAACGAAUCUCACAACGAGCCCGAUUCUGUUCAGGGGAAUUCACAUUCUGAUGCUCAGGUUGCGCCUGUUCAGGCUUUUAGUCAAAGCUCGAAAGAUUUCGAGCGUAAGACCACCUUAUUGAACGGCAGAAAACCUUCGAGUGGGUCCUUUCAUGAUGACCUUGCCGCUCGAUUAAACAACUCCAGUAUUUUAAACGAUUUGGGCGUUCCUCAGUAUAAGAAGCUCACUACCAAGCCCACUCCAAAUGAUGGUAACCCUGACUCACAGUGGCCUUCAAAGCCCGCUUCUAUGGAAACCGACAAAUCGUCAAAGGCCGCUUCUAAUGUAUCAGAUGCUGCUCAUAACGGCGAUGAUGCUAGUGGACUUAACGACAGCCUUAAUUUCGGUAACGACGAGAGGGAAGAUGUUGGCUACUCACCCUGGCUAAAGAUCGAGAGGCGGAUCAAUCAAAUCAGGUCCAUGGCGUCCAAGGACUUAAAGGGAAAGACUCCUGCUAAUAAACGCGCUCAAACUCCCAAUCUAUACAACAACUACAACCCUGAGUAUGUGGAGGGCAAGUGGAAAAAGGAGUUGGCUCACCCUCUCAGCUACGGCAUGGUUCAAAAACUCAACGACAGGCACCAAUUUGAUCUCCCUAAGGACAACUGGAAGUUCAUCAACGGGUUUCUCAGGCCCAGGAGGAAGCCCUUUACCAGCAUGUCUGAGAUGUCGAAGCACUUUCAAAAGGUGGACACUAGGGACCAGUACGAGCUUAUCAAGCUCCUGCUUGCGUGCAGAGACCUUGAGAAGCUCAUUGAGGAACAGCACACUGUGCUUGACAUGCUCGACCACGACUUGCGGGAGGCCAGGGACCUCUUCCCUGACUCUCUCAACAACGUCACCACUCAGAAGCUCCACGGCUCCGUUCCUGAAGAUGAGCCCUUUUACCCCUCGAGUGAGGCUCCGCUGUUUAUCAAGGGUCGUGUCUUCCUCCUGCCAAACAAGGGCAAGGGCAACAAUGGCUCUGGAAAGAAACCAUAUAUUUCAUAUAAACCUGUAUACGGGUCCGUUUCUGGAAAUAUUUUUGGUACAGCCGUGGCUAGUCUGACUAAAAAUACAAGACCUGGACCCUUACACAUUUCCGUUUAA